UUACUCUGAAAUCAGAAUCAUAAGCCAACUAUUCCCCACUCACCGCUUGGUUGUCUCAACAUUUUCAUUAGAUUCACUGCAAUUUUCUUUGUCUUAAUCCCACCAUAGGCCUCAAAGACUAGACAGGAAUCUUUUGCAUCCAGACAGAACAGAUAGAUCUGCUGUGCUGUUCAUUUGACCAAUACAGUCAUCAUACACAGACACACAUACAAAAAAGUUAUAGUACUUAAACUUGGAACAAAAUAUCCACAGUACACAUGCAGAUUCUUCAUUGGCUCUUUAAAAGGGCACAAGAACAAGAAAGAAAGAGCAGCACCUUCAGGGAAGAAAUCAGAGCACAAAAUGGAAGAGGGAAAAAGGUUAGUCUACUGAAGCAUGAUGGAUCAUAUAGAAGAACAAAGAGAUUCGAAUCAUGCAGCAAGAAUCUGAAGUUAUUGGCUUUUGUGUAUAGAAAAGACAUUCCGAAGGCUUGCUUCUACAAAACCAUCAACUUAAAGAGAUUAGGAAGCUUUCAUAGAAGGCAUUUUCUGAUCUCUAUGAAAAUGAAGAAAGAAGAAUCAUCAAGAGAAGAAGGGGUUGUUACCAAGACAGAUUCAACAGCUCAUGUGGGAAACAAGGUUUUGCCUAUAACUGAGGCACCAUUGUCAUCCUCAGCUCAAAGAAAUGGCCAAUGUGAUGCCACAGAAAAUAAAGAUCAGAGCAAGGGGGAUAGGAAAAAGACCAUUUCGAAGAUGAAAGAGCUAAUUAGAUGGGCUGCUUUUUCCAAAACAGAGAAAGGAGGAAAAUUCUAUGGAAAAAAGAUUUUAAUGUUCCGGAGGCGUGGAACCUUGAAAGCAGUUCCGGAUGAGGAUCAAGUUUGCAGUGAGUCACCCAAGAUCAGUUUCAGAUGGGAUGUGGAAAGCUGCUCCACCACUUCCUCUGCCUACUCAGCUAUCUCAGUAGCAUCCUCAUCAAGAUUUGGACAAAACCAAAUUGCAACUUCCACCAUAUCCAUUCCUCAUUCAGAGAAUGGCUGUAGAAAAGGAAGCUGGAUCACAACAGACUCUGAAUUUGUGGUGCUGGAGCUAUGAAAUUAAUGUGUACAGAAGAUAUCCUUUGUGUGGUGAAGUGGUAGCAGGCAAUCUACGUCAGGAAUUAAUUCAUGCUCUAAAUUCGAGCCUUGUUCGUGGCUAAUUUCUAUCAGAUAUUUUGUGAAGAUUUUAUUAACCAAUGAUAAUAGGGAUUGAAAAGCAAGAGAAAGUGAUGCAAUGGCUCUAUUUAAUUAUCAGAAUGUGCUAGAUGGUGAUCAAACUGAUCGAUCUUACCAUGGGGAUGAGAUGAGAAUGUCUGGCAUCUACAUAAAUAGGGUAUAAGUUAUUUAGUAUUUGAUGACUUAUGUAAUUAAUGUAGUUGAGUUUUACAGGUCAUGGGACCUUUGGUCUAUUUCCUGUAAUCUAUGAUAAUCAGUAUGGAUGAGUAUUAGAAAUGAAAGUUUAAUGUUGUUUAUAGGCUAAUAUAAGUCUUAUACUCUUAUGUGACUUGUUGAACUUGGAAGCGCGGUCUGAAAAUGACUUUUAGAAUAAGGUGAGUGUGUUAUUGGGCUUAAUUGUGGAUGUGGUUAAAAAAUCUUAAUGCAAUUGGACCCAAAGCACUCAAUGUUAUGUACUUUUAUUGUCUCUUUCAACUAUCCAUUGUGAGACUUUAAUAUUUU